AUGAAAAAUUUGCAUAAGUCGAGCAGCCAUAUGACGAUGCGCCGAGUGACUGCGCUGCCUGUGGUGGUCGUUCUACUACUGCUGGCCGUCGUGCUGGAAUCGAUCUCGGCCGCGACCUUACAGGCCAACAAGCCAGGAACGUUCGGCGGAUAUCGAAUAACGCCGAAGCCAUGCAAGCCGUCGUCGAGCUCAGCUCUGCAAGCGGUGAGGCCCGGUGGAAAGCCGCCGAUCUGCAUGUUCAACGACGAGUGCACGAGGCGACGCGGCGUCGUCGUCGACUCCUGCAGGGACGGCUUUCUCUUCGGCGCGUGCUGUCAAUUACCCGACAACGAUCAAAAGUACCACGAAAAUGUCCAUCAGCAGCAGCAGCAGCAGCAGUAUCAGCAACAACAGGAGGUCGAUCACGUGCCGGAGCUGCCGAUUUUGUUGAAGGAGGAUGGCACGCCGAUCGAGCAGCAGUCGACCACCAAGACGCAUUACAAUUACGCGACGGCCAGCACUACCGAUACCAAGCACAGCAACGUCGACCUCGACAAUCUCGACGAGAGCUUCUCCUCGCUGCUGGGCAACGGCGACAUACUCGACAGUCUGCAGCUGCCCACCCUCAUAACUCAUCCCGAUCCCAAUGAAAAUUAUGAGGAGCAGCAACAGCAUCAUCAUCAGGGAGGCCAGCUCGAUCCGAUACCGACCUCGCUCAACAAUCAGAUCAUACAGAUCGUCGACCCGGUGGACCAGUUGCCGGCCCUCUUCUCGCAGAAGCUCCAGAAGAACAACUCUAGUAGUAGUGGUGGUGGUAACAACGGUAACGCCGACACGAUCCUGAUCGGCGACAAGCUCAACAGCUACGAUCCCGACGAGCUGUUCCAGCCGGCCGGAGUGGAGAACAUCGUCGUGUCGACGGAUACCCUGAACUUCGGCCCCUCGUCUUCUUUGUCGACGAGCAGCUCGUUCAAUAAUAACAACGGCGAAGACGACGAAGACGAGGAUGAGGAAGGUGCAUAUCGACACUCGCCCACCACCCCCAAGACGGUCACCGUCACGAGUCCCGUCGUCACCGUGUCGACUCCGGCCACGAAGAAGGCGACUCUGAUAACGAAGCUCAAGCCCGCGACGAGUUUCGCCAGCGACAACAAGCCGAGCACGAAGAAUCGUCCGCCGAGUAAAAAGGGCAGCAGUCCGAUGCCCGGUAGCAGCAAAGCCAAGCCGACGAGUCCGAGGCCACCGACGACGGCAUCGAUUACCAAGGUCGUCACACCCACGAGCCAGCCGGCGGCGACUUUCACGACCCUGACGACGCGCCACGGCGAGGACUUUACGAGCAGCAGCAGCAGCCCCACGGAGCAGUCCGACGAGAUCGACGAGAGUCUCAAGCAGGCCGGCUUCGACAACGAGGAGAUCGCCAUCAAUCACAUCAUCAAUUCUCUCCUGCUCAACGACACCAAUCCCAAGCACACCACCUCGAUGACGCAGCGCCCGACGACGACCUAUCACUGGGUCAGCUCGAGCAACUACGGCCAGCCGUCGUUGAUGGCCUCGUCUGUCUCGCCACCGCCCUCGGUGGUCAACAUCACGCCCAAACCGGCCGGUCUGAGCUCCACCCAGUCGGGCUACUAUCAGAACAACUACUACUCGUCGACGCCCUCGAAUUACUAUCACUACAACACGGCCUCGAGCACCGAGCCCUCCAAAGCUAGCUACUCGUAUUACAAGCCCGCUGCGUCGUCGUCGUCGUCGACGUCCGCCUACCCCACGUCCUCGUCGUAUCCGUCCUCCAGCAGUCAUAAAUAUACGGGAAGACCGACGACGAAUCCACCCGCGCCGACGGUCAUCGUACUCGGCCCGUUGAACACCGACUACACGACGGUGCCGAGCUCGAGUACCCCCACGCGCAUCGGCAGCAACAACAACAACAACAACAAGGUGUCCUCGAGCACCCAGAGGCCGAGCCUGAUCACGAAGAAUCCGAAUCUAGCCAGCCUGACCCACAACAUAAGCACCGUCAUCUCGGGCAACAAGCAAGUCCUCUCGGUGAGCGUAAUCAGCGUCGGCAUCAAGGACGGCACGACGGCCAGGCCCACGACGACGAUCCACGGCCUCGACGACAGCUCCUCGGUAUCGAGCAGCUACUACACCAGCGGCAGCAGCAGUCCCUCGGUAAGCCCCUCGUUCGUCACCAAGAGGCCGACGAUCUACACGACCGUGACCUCGUGGUCGGACAAGCCGAGCUUCCAUCUGAGGCCCACGACGACCUGGAGCAGCGUCAAUUACGAGCCUGGCUCGCCAACGUCGUCCGACGGCGAUCCGAGCCUGUACAACGCUUAUCCGUCGACGACGAGCUCGAACUGCGAGGACGAGACGCCUGCGGUGGACGACGUGAACAAUUUCCCGCCGGUGCGCCAUCCGGAGCUCGACGGCGCCUCGCACAAUCAGGACAAGCCGCCCACGCCGGUGGAGCCGGCCGAGCUGCCGGGCCUCGUCGCGCCCGAAUUCGUCGAGGACGCCGAGCUCAACAACAAGGUCGACGUGUUCGUCAGCAAGAUCGUCGAGUCGCUCCAAGGUAACUUCCAGAAUCUCAAGGACGUCGUGUACAAUUCGAAAAACGUGACGACCGGCGGGAAUUUAGUGACCAAGAGGCCAGCCUCGUCCUCGUCAUCUCAAACGACCGUGACGAAGAGACCCACGGCGACGACGAGGCCGACCACGAUCAAGGGCAAUCGCAGGCCGACGCCGACGCCCAAGCCCGGUAGUGGCACGCAAAAGCUCACCACGGCGAGGCCGAGACCGCAGCAGCAGACGUCGACGGUAGUGACGAGACGACCGACCACGAUAGCGACGUCGUCGACGGGACCGACGAAGCGGCCGAAACCGUUGAAGAAACUGACGACCCUGCCGCCGCCGUCGCAGGAUUACAAUUUCGAGGCGACGACGAUAUCCAGGCCGCAGGACCUCACCACGCUCUUUCCCGAGAUCACGCCCAAUGCCGAUUUUCGAUCGGUCUGCGGAAUAAGGCCGCUGAUGAAGAGCGGCCGGAUAGUGGGCGGCAAGGGGGCGACCUUCGGCGAGUGGCCCUGGCAGGUGCUGGUGCGCGAGGCCACCUGGCUCGGCCUCUUCACCAAGAACAAGUGCGGCGGCGUCCUCAUCACCGACAAGUACGUCAUCACCGCCGCUCACUGUCAGCCUGGAUUUUUGGCCUCGCUGGUGGCCGUCUUCGGCGAGUUCGACAUAUCGGGCGAGCUCGAGUCCCGGCGCAGCGUGACGCGCAACGUGCGCCGCGUCAUCGUCAAUCGCGCCUACGACCCGGCCACCUUCGAGAACGACCUGGCCCUGCUGGAGCUCGAGACACCGAUACAGUUCGACGUGCACAUCGUGCCGAUCUGCAUGCCCGACGACGACACGGAUUACACGAACAGGAUGGCCACGGUCACGGGAUGGGGUCGGCUCAAGUACAGUGGAGGUGUACCGUCGGUGCUGCAGGAAGUGAAAGUGCCCAUAAUGGAGAACUCGGUCUGCCAAGAGAUGUUCCAGACCGCGGGACACUCCAAGCUCAUCCUCGACAGCUUCAUGUGCGCCGGCUACGCGAACGGACAGAAGGACUCCUGCGAGGGUGACAGCGGAGGUCCUCUGAGCCUGCAGGGCCCGGACGGCAGGUGGAUCCUCGUCGGCACCGUGUCGCACGGCAUCAAGUGCGCCGCGCCCUAUCUGCCGGGCGUCUACAUGAGGAUGACCUACUUCAAGCCGUGGCUGCACAGCAUCACCGGGGUCUGA